GCGCGGCCGCGGCUCGGCCGGCAGGGCACGCCAUGGCGGGCGCGCUGAGCGGCAUGUUCACUAACCAGCCUCCGGGGCCGCCGCCGCCGCCGGGGCCUCCCGGCGGGCCUGGCCCGCCUGGCCUCAUCCCGCCUCCGACAGGGCCGCGCAACCCCAACAACACGCUCGUGGACGAGCUGGAGGCGUCGUUCGAGGCCUGCUUCGCCUCGCUGGUGAGCCAGGACUACGUGAACGGCACGGACCAGGAGGAGAUCCGCACCGGUGUUGAUCAGUGCAUCCAGAAGUUUCUGGAUGUUGCAAGACAAACAGAGUGCUUUUUUCUACAAAAAAGACUGCAGCUGUCAGUCCAGAAACCAGAGCAAGUAAUUAAAGAGGAUGUUUCAGAAUUAAGAAAUGAAUUGCAGAGAAAAGAAGCAUUAAUUCAGAAGCAUUUGAGUAAAUUGCGACAAUGGCAACAGGUCCUGGAAGAUAUCAGUGUACAGCACAAAAAGCCUGCAGAAAUGCCUCAGGGUCCAUUAGCUUACCUAGAACAAGCAUCUGCUAAUAUUCCUGCUCCAAUGAAGCAAACAUGAUCUUUGGUUUUACAUAGCUGAGUAUUUUCAACAAUGCAAAGCAGUGAUGUUCUUUUUACUUUGUAUGCUUUUUGUAUAAUGUAAUUUGUACUACAAAUAUAAAUAGUUAAGAUAGUUAAGCAAAAUAAAUUACCCUUUUUUGGGGUUUUUUUUGCUUUCCCCAG